AGUUCAUCCAUAACCUUUGCAUCGCACUGCUGUACAUACAUACUUGUAGCAGGUGCAGUAUUUCAAUGUCAUAUAAAUAUGCGAUAGUUCUAGUGUUUCAAAUGAGUAUUUUUAAUGUAUGGCAGAAUUAAUAUUAACAUAAAAGAACUGUUUUGAAGAUGGCCAAGCAUUAAAACUAAAAAUUAAAAGUAAAUGUAAAAAGUCACAGAAUGGAUGGAAAAAUCUCAAAGUUUGUGCGUAAGCACUUAGAAUUGCUUUUACUGGAACGAGAAGAAAAUCUUCAAAAUUUCUUUAAAGAUCUUUCUCCUGCAAGUCUUCAUCGUUUGGAGCGUACUGGCCAGGCUCUGACAAAACUGUCCAUAACUAAUUUAGCCAGCAAAGGCCCAGGACGUUUUCAGAUUGACUUAGAACGUGCAGAUGGAUUGCCUUUAGAACAUGGAUUGUGCAACGGAGAUUUAGUUAUUUGCAUCAGGUCCAAAGAAAAAGGACAAACUAUUAGAGCCAUUGUGAAUGAAAUAGGAGAAUCUACAUUAAGCAUUAGUACAAAUGACGAUUACGAAAAUAUUCGAGAAGAAGAAAUUUUUACUGUGGUUAAAACUGAUUCAGAUUUUACUUACAAAAGUCAAACUAGAGCUUUAAGCUUUUUGGAAAAAAAAGAACUGCAUUCAUCUAGUUGUCUAGAGAUUGUAAGAAUUCUGUUUGAUACAGAUAAAGAGAUUGUUCAAAAUCUUUUGACAUCUGAAGAUCCAAUUCCAAAGAAUACCUUGGAUGACCAAGGCAGUAUUAAUUUUUAUAACCCUAAUCUUGCUAAAGAUCAAAAAUCAGCUGUGGAAUUUGCCCUGAAAAGAAGGUAUUUUGCAAUCAUUCAAGGACCACCAGGAACUGGAAAGACAACAACAUUAAUAGAAAUAAUAGUACAGUUACAAAAAUUUGGAAAAAAAGUUUUGAUCUGUGCACCGACCAAUGUUGCAGUAGACAAUUUAGUCAUUCGACUUGGUCAAACAGAAGCAAAACCUUUAAGACUGGGUCAUCCAACAAGAAUUGCCAAGGAAGCUCUUAAAUAUUCAUUAGAUAGUUACUUAGAAAGGGAUGAUGGUUUCAUAAUUUUAAAAGAUAUAAAGAAGUCAAUUAAAGAUCUUGAAACAAAUAUUGGAAAUAGUGGAACUAAGUAUGCAUACAAAGAAGUUAGAGAGUUAAAAAAAGAAUAUAGAAAAAGGUUAAUCCGACUCACUUGCGAUACUUUGAAAAAAUGUUCGGUGAUAUUAUGUACAUUAAACUCAGCAUCAGCAAACGAUGGUCAACUUCAAUACAUUCCAAGGGAUCAUUUUGAUGUUCUUAUUGUAGAUGAAGCAUCACAAGCAAUGGAAGCAUCAACAUGGAUUGCCAUUCCAAAUGCUCCAAAGUUGAUUCUUGCAGGUGAUAUCAAUCAACUACCACCAGUUGUUAUGUGCCAAGAAGCAACAAAAGGUGGUUUAAACAUAAGUCUUAUGGAAAGAGCAAUUAAAAAAUUGAAUACUGAUUGUUAUGUCAGGUUAAUGAGACAAUACCGCAUGAAUGAAAAGAUAAUGACUUGGUCCAGUAAAAAGUUUUAUGAUGAUACUCUUGAAGCAGAUGAUUUAGUUAAAAAUCAUUUACUGAAACAUUUACCUUCUGUUAAGCAAGAAGAUGAUUUAACAAGUGAGGCUGUUGUAUAUAUUGAUACAUGUGGUUGUGAAUGUGAAGAAUUUAAUACUGGAGUUGAAAAUGCAUCAAAAGGAAAUUUAGGAGAAGCAGUCAUUGUAGACAAAGUAGUUACAAAUUUAGUUAAAGUUGGAUUAUAUCAUAAAGAUAUUGGCGUUAUCACUCCGUAUGCUUUGCAAGUCGAUUUUAUUCGUCGAUCAUUUGCAGCAAAAUCAUUGAAUGUAGAAGUUAGCACAGUUGACGGAUUUCAAGGGAGAGAAAAGGAAGUCAUUAUACUAUCUUUGGUGAGAAGUAAUGAAGAUAAAGAAUUAGGAUUCGUCACUGAUUUUAGAAGACUGAAUGUUGCUGUUACAAGAGCUAGAAGGUCUUUAAUAGUGAUAGCUGAUAGUGAAACUAUGGAAAAAGACGAUUUGAUCGUCAGCUUAUUAAAACACAUAGAAGAUAAUGGCUUGUUACAGACAGCAGAGGAAUACUUGUCUGAAACGAUAGAAAAAGAAAUAGAACGAAUCGAGAUAACGCCGCAAACUAAUUUUAAAUCUAAAAAGAAGCCUAAGACAAAAACGAAAUCUUCAAAACGUGAAAAAGGCGAUGAACCCGAGGUUCCGAUAUCUAAAGAUCAACUAAAACCAAAUCAAAUUAUACCAAGUAAAUCUGUAAUUAAACGUAAAUCUAAAGGAACUGCGUUAAGUGCUUGUGCUAAUUUAAAGCAGUAUAACGUGUAUGAAACCAUCGCAGGCACAUUGUCAGAUAAUGAAGAUAAAGAUGAAGUAACAAGUGAACAAAAGGAAGAAGAAAAUGUAGAUAAUAAAGAAACGCCAAAGAUGGAACAAAAUUUAGAACAUUCUGAUAUAGAUAUUUCUGCACAUUCACGUAAAAAAGAACAACUUAUGAGAAACAAAGAAGAGAGAGAAGACAAGUCAAAUGAAAAUGCUGCUAAAGAAAAUGACAAUUUUGAUAAAAUAGUUCAAGAAUUCAACAAAUCGAAUUCGCUGUGUUCAUUUGAUGGAUGUAAGAAAUCUACUAAACUUAUAAAACUUAUUUGUGAAUUUUGUAAAAAGUGGUAUUGUCUAGAGCAUGGUAAGAAUGGUUUGCAAGAAAUUCACGGUUGUGGAAACGCUAUACGUCGAAAAGAACAACAUGCAUUUAGGCAUAGAAAACCUGAAACAAGCACAAAGCGUGAAAAGGAUAGAUUCGCUCGUAAACUAAAGGAAUUAGAAGAGGCAAGGAAACCUAAGAAAAAAGUUACAAAAAAAUAAGAGGCUUAAAGAAUUGAAGAAAACAGUAACAUGUGGUUUCGGUUUUUUUGUUUUGCCGGUAUACGACAAUUUUUUUUGCUUUUUUUUUUAUUAAAAAUAUUUAUUUACAAAGUUCAAUGUCGAUUACGAUUCGAUACCAUAUCUCCCUAAAUUAUACGUAGUAAAUCCUUCCAAAACGAAUUUAUUUAAAAAUAAUAUGGCUAAUUUCCGUUUUUAAUGAAAAAAAUAUAUUUGGAAGAUGAUUUAUUAACAAAUUUAGCUAAUCUGGUAUGUUACCCGAAGUGUACGCGUGGUUGAAUGUGUUUUUUGUAAUAACAAAAAAUAAAAAAUAAACAUAACUCAGAUUUUGUUAUAAAAAAGCAUGUUCUGCAUUGGUUUACGAUAAACAGUGAACUUCCCGAAACCAGUGCAUGUCAUGCGAUUUACGUAAAUUCAUAUUAAUUAAAAAUGUAUCUGUCGUGAUUUUUUUUAUUGCUUUUUUGCCCUAAUCCAUAUCGAAUUCUUUGUUCAACCUCGCUAGAUCCCUGAAAAGGAAAAAGAAAUUAAAAAAUUUGUUUUAAGUAUAAUAAUAUUUUAUAGUACGACUAAUAAUGAUUUGUAAAUAAUGUUUAAAAUUGUAAAUAUCUUAACUACUAUAAAACGAGUUCAAAAUA